AUGCAGAAAAUAAUACUUUUCAUGUUUUUGGUUAUCUAUAUCAUCUCUGUUGUAGGAAAUGUUUUCAUCAUGAUUACCAUCACUGCCAGUCCACUUCUGAGGCCCCCCAUGUACUUCUUCCUGGCCCGUCCCUCCUUCAUCGAUGCCUGCUAUUCCUCCAUUAACACCCCCCAGCUGAUCACAGAUUCCCUCCAUGAAAAGAGGACCAUCAGAUUCAACGGAUGUAUGACACAAGUCUUUGGGGAGCAUUUCUUUGGCGGAGCUGAGGUCAUCCUGCUUACAGUGAUGGCCUAUGACUGCUCUGUGGCCAUCUGCAAGCCCUUGCACUAUACAAGCAUUAUGAGUCAACACUUGUGUAGGCUGCUAGUAGUAGUGUCAUGGGUAGGAGGCAUUCUCCAUGCAACCAUUCAGAUCCUUUUCAUUGUCCAGUUACCCUUCUGUGGCCCUAACAUCAUUGACCACUUCAUGUGUGAUCUAAACCCGUUGCUCAGUCUGGCCUGUACUGACACUCAUAUCCUAGGACUCUUUGUUGCUGCCAGCAGUGGGUUCAUCUGUCUGUUGAAUUUCUUUCUCUUGCUCAUUUCGUACGUGGCCAUCGUGCACUCCCUGAAGAACCACAGCUUAGAGGGAAGGCUUAAAGCCCUGUCCACCUGUGCCUCCCACAUCAUGGUGGUUGUCUUAGUCUUUGUGCCCUGCUUAACUGUGUACAUGAGACCUGCAGCUACUUUACCCUUUGACAAAGAAGUGACUGUAUUCUACACCAUGAUAACUCCAUGUUAA